AAUAUAUGGAUCUGAUGUGGAUUGAAUGUGUUUUUUACACCGGCAGUUUUAAAUCGUCGGAGUGAACCGAGGUGCGUCUUUGCGCGACUGGGGGGGUCUACCGUCGGUCAGUGUCUGUCAAACAGCGUCUCACUGGGGGCAGUCUUAUUGGCUUUUUUAUGUCACUGAUUGAAUUGGAUUUUGAGGUUAUAAAGUUUACCUGUAUUAGUGUGUGUCAGUGUAAUGCUCCACAGUUAUUCAAUAUUGUAGACUAGGCUAAUAAUGAUAUAAUUGAAUCUGGAGCAGAACUAAUAUGGACAAUUGUAAACCAUUCCUGAAAUCGUAUUUUUUUAUUGAACACGUAUAGUAUGUAGGUUGUAAAGCAGAUAAAUUCUGUUCUCUGUGAAAAUGUUCUCAUAAAUGUAAUGUUUUUAUUGUUAUUUUGACCCUUAGAGAAUCCUUUCCAGCAUAUCUAAUGUGGAAAAUUGGUUGGGGAAAUGAAAACAGUGAUGGAAGUUUUACACCCUUGGCGCUGUGCUUUUGAUGGCGUUCUUGCAGAGGACUGGAGACUACUGCCACGCUCAACAUCCCAGAGCAUAGGCUGAUCCAGGGGAGGAUGCCCACUGCUCUGCCUUCUCCGCCUAAUACCCUGCACUGAUCCCUGGGUACCAACGCAUCGAGGGCUCCCUGCCUCCCAGGACUCUCCACACCCUAGGUCUGUCACUCUAAGACCCUCUCUCAGGAACCCUAAUGGGAUGAUUGGACUAACUAUUCCACGACUCUUCAGUGAAAGCCCAAGACCUCAUCUAAACCAACCACAGUGACCCUCCCAAGGAUCGACCAACCCGAGGACAGACUUGUAUUUUUUAUUGUCUUAAAGGAGAGACAGGACUGAGAACGUCUGCAGGAGUUUAGCCCACCAGCGACCGUGGCCACCGUGGACGACCAGUUUGUGUUCCCCUUGCGUCCCUGUCCGUGUUGCGUUCGCCCCCCCAGCUGGGUAAGGGUUGUCAACAUGGCCCGUAUGAACCGUCCGGCGCCGGCCGAGGUGUGCUACAAGAACAUGCGGCUGCUCAUCACGCACAACCCCACCAACUCCACCCUCAACAGCUUCAUCGAGGACCUUAAGAAGUACGGAGCCACGACGGUAGUGAGAGUGUGUGAGAUCACCUAUGAUAAGGCUCCAUUGGAGAAGGAUGGCAUCACCGUGGUGGACUGGCAGUUUGACGAUGGUGCGCCCCCUCCCUCUAAGGUGGUGGAGGACUGGCUGAGUCUGCUACGGUCUCGUUUCCUGGAAGACCCGGGCUGCUGCGUGGCCGUGCACUGUGUGGCUGGACUGGGCAGAGCCCCGGUGCUGGUGGCGUUGGCACUGAUCGAGAGUGGGAUGAAGUAUGAGGAUGCCAUCCAGUUCAUCAGACAGAAGCGCAGAGGGGCGAUCAACAGCAAGCAGCUGACCUACCUGGAGAAGUACCGCCCCAAACAGAGACUGCGCUACAAAGACCCACACAUCUUCAAGAACAAGUGCUGCAUCAUGUGACCCCCAUUUCCACCCUCAGCCAAUCAACUGCCUGCCACCUGAUCGAUCUGACCCGAAUGGAUAACGACAAUGGACAAGUCCACAGCCAAUGCACUUUGUGACUGAACUAUGAGAACUAUGAAUCAUGGAGUGAGCUAAGCA